AUGGCCACUGACAAAGAACUUGAACAAGCUGCUGCUGAGCUCAAGGCAAACAUGAACGAUGCAAGGAUUGCAAUGGAAAUCUUUCACAACAGAUCCAGGUUUGCGUCAGUUUCCGGUGUCUUAAAACCCAUCUUCCAGGUGGCUGGUGCCAUUCUGAAACUGGUUUUAGGGAAACGUGAGAGUGAGGAGCUGACAUAUAUGAAGGAGCAGUUCCAGACAGUCAGGAACCAGCUGGAUGUCAUUUCCGAACAGAUUAAACAAGUGCUUUGGGAGAUAGAGAAAAGUACAAUUAACAAUCAGUACUUCCCCAUUGAGGAGAAUCUGAAAAACCAAUUCAGGAAGUACAUGGACAUCCUGAACGCAGCACCGGAAUUCCGGGAGAAUGAGAAACGAGAAUUCCUCACACACUUCGAUGUGACUAAAGGUGACCAGAACCUUCACACUCUCUAUGAUGCUGUGAUGGGGUAUUCUGCCAUCUUUGGCAAACCCAUUCUGGAAACUGCCAUGCGAUAUGACCAGAGGAACCGGCGUCUGAUGGAGGGGCUCUGCUGCCGCCUCAAGGAGCUCUUCUGCAUUGGCCUGAUUGCCCUGGUGGGUCACUCCACUAUCACUGGGACUGAUGUAGAGGCAUUAAAGAGAGAGUGGAAUGAGAAAAUGGGCAAAGUAGAGAAUAAAAUGAAAUCCAUGGUAGAUAAGUGCAUCAAUGAGUUUGCUGAGCAGGCAGAAAUAGAUGUUGAGGCUCUUAUAAAGAACAAAGGUGAGAGAGAUAACAAGGGAUGUGCAACAUAUAUAAUUGAGGCCUUAACAGAGAAAUAUGACUGGGUUAAAUGGUCUGUACGGGUCUAUGACCCUGUCAGUGGCUUCGACAAUCACUGUGUCAUUGGCCCCAAUCGGUUUCACUUUUUCAGACUCAACGGGGUUAAUGCCGUUGUCUCCUAUGCAAUUGAUCCAAAGGUUUCACUUAAUGAGGUGGAAAUCAGGCACUUAAUGGAGGGGAAAGAUGGCUGGACCAAUGCAAGAGAGGUUGCUGAAUAUGUGUACGAUAAUCUUCCCUCUGGGCACGUUGUACACACAGUGAGACGCUACAAGGACUUGUGGCUUCACAAGAACUUUCCCAACAACUGUCAUUUCUGGGAAACAUACAGUGGAGUCACUCUCUGUGUCCACUCCACCUAA